GGCCUUGGCCGAUAAAUGCAUGUUCCAGACGUCCGAUAGUGACACAAAGAUCGCCGGCUUAUAUGAUCUGCAACAAACAAUUGGACGCGGGCACUAUGCAGUUGUCAAGUUAGCUCGUCAUGUUUUUACCGGCGAGAAGGUUGCUGUUAAGGUGAUUGACAAAACUAAGCUGGAUGAUGUCGCACAAGAUCAUUUAUUUCAAGAGGUCGUUUGCAUGAAGCUUGUCCAACAUCCGAAUGUAGUUCGACUAUACGAAGUGAUUGAUACACCAAACAAAUUGUAUUUGAUACUGGAAUUAGGAGAUGGAGGAGAUCUCUACGAUUACAUCAUGAAACAUGGUUGUGGUCUUCAUGAAACAGUUGCCAAACGUUAUUUUCGUCAAAUCGUUACUGCGAUCGCUUACUGUCACAAAUUGCAUGUAGUUCAUCGGGAUCUAAAGCCGGAAAACGUGGUCUUUUUCGAAAAGUUGGGUAUUGUUAAGUUGACCGAUUUUGGAUUCAGUAACCGCUUCACUCCUGGAAGAAACCUGGAAACUGCGUGUGGUUCUCUAGCCUAUUCAGCACCAGAAAUUCUUCUCGGAGAUUCCUACGAUGCUCCAAAGGUCGAUAUUUGGUCACUCGGCGUGAUACUGUAUAUGUUGGUAUGCGGCCGACUUCCUUUUCAAGAACUAAACGAUAGUGAAACGCUUACAAAGAUCAUGGAUUGUGACUACACUAUUCCUGAUUAUUUGUCACCUGAGUGUGUCAGUCUCAUUAGACGCCUACUUAUUCGGGACCCCAACACACGUGCUGGUCUGGAUGAUGUGCUUCAGGCCGAUUGGUUGCAACUCGAUGAUUCCGACCAUUUUCCCAUUGAGGUGUUUUCCGUCCCUUUGGUGUCGCGUGAAUGUCUCUCAUUUGAGGACCAUAUGGAAAUCUUAUCAAGGAUGUCCGAGGGCCAUUUAGCCAGUGUAGAGGAGAUACAAUCCACUCUUGAUAGAAAUGAAUACAACCACAUCGCAGCCACUUACUUUUUACUUGCUGAGCGAAAGCUGAAACGGAACUACAUUGAGCAAUAUAGAUUGCUCUCCCAGCAGGCUCAGAUGAAUGAAACACUGAGACAACAGCAGUUGCAAAGCCGCCCACAGCAAUGCCUCGGUGGUCCUGGUCGUCAGUGGACUACGCAGUAUAACGAAAUGUCUGGGAAGGCAGUCAACUGCGCUUCCGUUGUAUCUACUCCAGCACGCCCAGCCAGUGCGACGAGCACCACCGUCACCACCACCACCACUCAGCCCGUAGAGGAGCGUGUUCGUCGGUUCAGCAUGAUACUCGAGGAUGAGGAGGAGGAAGAAGAGGAGCAAAAGCCUACCGCUCGUUCGACUUUCCGUCGUUAUUUGACUGAAGAACACAGAAGCAUUGCUUCGUCACACAUUGUAAGUCCGGAGAAUAACGGGUACCAACACCCUUUGUCUGAAAGUUCCAGUGAAGCCAUGCUUGAAGAGGAAGAGGAGGAGCUUUUGACUGUGGCCAACCUGGCAUCAGUUCGUUCCGACUUUGUGGAACAAUCUGGGUUGAUUACCACGAGCAUAUCUGCUGGUUUCACUGACCAUACGCAUUGCCCGACUCUUUUGACAAGACCAUGCUCUAGGACCAGUGGUUCGGGUGUCGAAGCCUCCGAUGGUGGCGAGUCGGACGCCUCACUGAGUAAUUGGAGUGCUGCUGGAAGUUUUGCGAGUCCGGCGUUUAUACUUUCUUCAGCUGCCAGGUCGUUACCGCUUGUGGAAAUUCGCCGCAAGCCGCAUUUUCGUCGUAGCGGUUUUCCUCACCGACCUCUUAUUACCGUCAGAAGCAGCCCACAGCUGUUAAAGCAUAUAACUGAGGAAGAGAACAGUGCCGAAUUUGCUACUACCAAGCUUGGCGUUGAAUUCGAGGCUAUCGCCUCUUCGUUGGUUUCAAAAAACACUUUAUCUAGUGACAGCAGUGGAGCACGUUCGUUGCGAACUUCCUUUAAUGUUCGAACGAAUGUAACACCACUUGACGACAAUGCUGUAGGGUUGCGGUCCCGUCUUUCAUGGUCCGGCCAACGUCCCUUAUCCACAACUCAUAGUCCCACUCGCACCAGACGCUUUUUCACCUCCACGAGUUUCUCCGCACGUCCGACAAGCAUUGAAAGCUGGAACACUGCAUUUAAUAUGAGCUUGUUGCAUGAAUUUCGGCGGCGUUCUGUCUGUUCGUCGCCUGUGGACCAGACAGCAGCGACGACACUGCGUCGAAAGACCCAAGUCUCCCUGCAUCAGGCGCAGAGUCAGAAUACAGGUAACCGUCACCAAUUGAAAGACCGCCGCUGCAGUGGUCCCCCUAAUCUCGUAACGACGAUGUCCAAUUUUUAUCCUUUGAAUACCUCAGCACCCGCUCCCAGCCACUCCGAGUCAAACACGUCUGUCAGAGAUCCAGCAGAACUUCCUGAGCAGUUGAACGAGUUGAACGAAUUCACUGGUGACCAGGUGAAAUUCUUUUGCGGUAGUGAAUGUCCUGGAAGCUCCUCUUCAACUGUCAACACUGAAAAUUUCACCCAUUCGCGUGCACUAGAAAAGAGCCCCUCUAAUGGCUAUGUGCCAUCCAAAACACCUCAUAAAGGUGCUCCGAGACCUGACAACAAUUCCCCAGCCCAUUCGUCAUCAACAUCACAAUGGCGCGGCACUGCUCGCUCUCCUCAUCGAUCAUUCAGCCCAAUCCAAAGAAUGACCACUUGGUCUAGUUCAAGUCCAUUACUCUAUGCCACAGAUACAAAGGUUGGUGUUGAUAUGUACAGUGUCGGACCCAAACCUACUUUUGCAUCACUCAACUCUGCUACCACAGCUGGACCGGCUCUCCCAGCACCACCCGUGGUGUCCAGUUUGCGGGAGUACUGUGCGCCUAUACGAGAAGAAGAUGAGGCCCAGCGCCCAGCGGACUAUCACAGUACGUCUAUUGAACAACAUUCCAUUUCUACUCAAGCCGAAUCACAAUCGCCCGUCGUUUGCCUUGGUUUCUCCACUGCAUCAACUGCCCUGAAUACGAAGCGCACGUCGGAGCUUGAGCCCCCGUCGACCAGUGAUCCUCAUUCCACUUUUCCCAUGGGAUCGGCAUCCUCAUCCACUUCUGAUAGAUCCGGCCCAGUCUCUCGUGUAACAACUUCAGCUUUCUCACUCAGCUCAUUGGCAACUACUCUCCGUGAUUCAAGGCACAUGCUGGACGUCAUUCGCGGUACUUUCGAACUACAAUGCCACUACAACAAACACUCUGGUGGAUCUGUUGCCGAUGGAAGCAGCGGUGGAUAUCCAUCUGGUCGUGCCAGCGCUUCCGCAUCCGUUCGCAGUUUGACCGCCAUAUGUGAAGCUCUUCCGAUUAACACUGGGCUCACCGGUGAUGUACCCACUUUCUCUUCACGUCGCCUACCGUUCAUCCGCACUGGUUUGUCCCAUGACUCCUCCAAAACUGGCUCUGUAGUACGUGCCUUAGCACCUCGAAGACAUUCCGGGUUAUUCCCCACUGGGCCAUCAAGCUCUGGUUUCCAAAUUUCGCGCCCCGGGAAUUACAACAUAGAUCCUUUCAGCAAUCCUUCUGAGAUGCUUAAUGAAUUCGAAGUUAAUCGGUUCAAUUAUCGCAGCGCCUCGGUAGAGCGACAACCAAAUCUUCUGCGCGAUCAAGUCAACUUUGACAAGGUUGAUGUUACACCUCCGCAAAAUGGUCCAACUUUCGCGCCUGCACAUUCGGCUUCGGCACAGCAUCCUUCAAAAGUGUUAAACGCAGCGGCAAAUCGACGCCCUAUCGAUGAUCUGCGAAUGUCUACCUCAUCUGACCUCUGUUGGGAACCGGAUUCCUCAUCCAUUCAACCUUCAGAUCCAUCGGUCUGUGGGGGCUCUGCUCGCCUGGUGGGCUUUGGUCCAGAUGGGGAUCUUAACUUAAUUACUUCAUGCAGCUUUCGAAGUUGGGGUGCUGAUGGCAUUUGUCGUAGACCGAUUAACAUUAAUUUUGUCAAUGAGCAUGUCGUCAAUGAUAACAAUAAAAACAAUAAUAGCAGCAUUAGCACAAUCGUCAGAGGAUGUGAAGCAACGUUUUUAUCCACAACUGAAAAUCAAGAUCUUAUUCCAAGGCAGUUUCCUUCCAGUCUCGCCGUGAAAGGUAGUGCGAGGUUGAAGUGUUGCACACUCUCUUAACCUGCAUGCAUUCUAUGUCCCUGUCGCUUCCGGACCGGGCUCCAGCGUCCUUCAGUGUCUACGCCCCUGGCUCUAGUCUUUCAUCACCAAUAAGUUCUGUUUUUCUAAUCAUUACUCUUUUAAAUCGGUCUCAAUUUCUCCACUUCCCGUAUUUUAUUUUAUUUACGCUUCGUAUGUGAAUUUCCAGUGUUCAUCCUCGACAGCGCUUUUUGGUUCUAUACAGCGCACCACAUCCAUCUUUACUUUUUUUCAAAUUAAUCUUACCUCUGUACAUAAUCAUCUAUUAGUAGCACAUGCAUCGCUUCACUACUGAACGUUUAAUUUACGGUGCCCUGCGCAUUUGCAUUGACCAUCUCCAACUUCUCGCUCCAAACGCUAGGUUUUGCGCGCUGUACUCCUACCUCCUCCUUUCACCGGACUGAACCCAUCCUGCGCGCCUUCACUCCCUUCAGUAACAAUCGGGACUAAGUAUUUGUCCCUCUCUUACCCUACAUGUCUUGUACAAAUACCUCUUUCAAUCUGAGUACCUAAUUGGAUAUGAAAAUUUUAGAGUAUCUCUUUUAA